GACGCGCCUUGCGUUUUGACGCACUUUAGCCAAGACGCGCGUUUGUUUAUUAUAAUGCGGCGGUUCUAAACCUGCGUGCUGUUGGAUGCUGAUGCUGAUGAUGGAUGAUCAGGUGCAUCUGGAGAUGAUGGAGAGGAACCUGCGACCCCGCUUGUGCUAUCUGACCAAAGGGGACCGGGGUUACGGGUUCCACCUGCACGGAGAGCGCAGGCACGGCGCGCAGGUCAUCCGGAAGAUCGAGGCGGGUUCUCCGGCGGAGCUGGCCGGUCUGCGCUCCGGGGACCGGGUGGUGGAGGUGAACGGAGAGAACGUGGAGAAGGAUUCACACCAACAGGUGGUCCAGAAGAUAACGGAGGUGGACAGCAGGACCAGACUCCUGGUGGUGGACCAGGAGACGGACGACUUCCUGCGCCGGAACUCCCUGCCCUGCACCGAGGACCUGGCGGUGGAGAUGAGCUGCUUCCUCUUACCUCGCGGGCCUCGUCCAGGACCGCGUCCGCGUCUGUCUCCCCGAGCUCGCGCUCCUCCGCCGGUCGCUCGUUGUGCGAUUCGGUCGCUCUGUCGCUGCGCAGCUCGCCCCUCCGGUCACAGUACGGAUCCCAGACGUCCUCGCUGCGGUCCAUCCCUCUGGAGUCGUGUGACUCCGACACUACGUCGCUGCGCAAGUCGGCCCAUCUCACCGCAGGAGUCCAUCUCCUGGUCGUCAUGUGACUCCAACCCUCCAUUGAGACCCCUGAAGUAUUGUCCUGAGUCGUGUGACUCCAACCUGCCGUCGCCACGCAAGUCCGCCCCUCGAUCGCCCCAGGAGUCCAUCACUCUGGCGUCCUGCGACUCCAACCCUCGGUCACCCCAGGAGUACUGUCCUUCAUCAUGUGACUCCAACCUUCCAUCGCCACGCAAUUCCGCCCCUCCAUCACCCCAGGAGUUUAUCACUCUGGCCUCCAGCGACUCCAACCCUCGGUCACCCCAGGAGUUCAUCCCUCCAUCGCGACCCCAGAAGUCUUUUCCUUCAUCAUCAGGUGACUCCAACCCUUCGUCGCCAUGUAAGUCCGCCCCUUACUCACCCCAGGAGUCCAUCCCUCUGGCGUCCUGUGACUCCAACCCUCGGUCAUCCCAGAAGUCCAUCGCUCCAUCACGAACCCAGGAGUACUGUCCUUCAUCAUGUGACUCCAACCUUACGUCGCCACGCAAGUCCGCCCCUUACUCGCCCCAGGAGUCCAUCCCUCCAUCGCCACCCCAGAAGUCGUUUCCUUCAUCAUCAGGUGACUCCAACCCUUGGUCACCAUGCAAGCCUGCCUGUCCCUCACCCCAGGAGUCCAUCCCACGGUCGUCAUGUGAUCCCAACCCUCCAUCACCGUGCAAGUCCACCCGUCCCUCAUCCCAGGAGUCCGUCCCUCCAUCGCCACCCCAGAACCCUUUUCCUUUAUCAUCAGGUGACUCCAACCCUUGGUCACCAGGUAAGUCCACCAGUCCCUCAUCUCAGGAGUCCGUCCCUUCUUCGCCACCCCAGAUCAUUUCUUCAUUUCCUUCAUCACCAGGUGACUCCAACCCUCCGUCACCCCAGGAGUCCGUCCCUCCAUCGCGUCCCCAGAAGUACUGUCCUUCGCCAUGUGACUCCAACCCUCCGUCGCCCCGUGAGUCCACCCCUUCGCCGCCGUACGACAUCAUCACUUUCCCCUCGGGCGGGAGCAAAUCUUACGGAACCCCAACGAGGCCCAGAGCGACCAUCGUCACCAACGGCAACCAGGAGAUGCCGGGUUCCGAAGACGCCGCCUGGACGCGUGACCUGCGUCCGCGGCUCUGCCAGGUGGUCCCGGACGAACAGGGCUUCGGUUUUAACCUGCACUGCGAUAAACGCCACGAGGGUCAGUACAUCCGCUCGGUGGAUCCCGAUUCGCCAGCGCAGAGGGCCGGAUUACUGGCCGGGGACAGACUCAUCCAGGUGAAUGACCGGAGGAUCAAGGGUAUGAGGCACUCCGAGGUCGUGGCCUUAAUCCGAGGAUGCGGACAGGAAACGAAGCUGCUGGUGGUGGAUCCAGAAACCGACGCGCUGUUUCAAAAGCUCGAGAUUACGCCCACCACGGCUCACCUGAAAGAGGACUGUGUGGACGGACCAAUCAUAGACAGCCCAGCUUCAAACCUCACGCCAACGGAUCCACCAGUAUCAAACGGCAGCCCGAAGCACUGGAACUACGGGAGUUCCUCAUCGCGCUCUACGCUUUCGGAGACCAGCGUGGACCUGGGCAGCCCCGACACCACAGCCGACCCCAAGAUCCAGGACCUGAAGCAGGUGAAGGAACAGGACCCGCUGUGGGACGACGGCCUGCACCUGAGCCACACGGCGGCCGAGGCCAGGCAGAAGGUGCGAUCCAAAAAGGCCAGGAAGGCGGCGCCCCCGAUGACCUGGAGGAAGAAGCACGAGGUCUUCAGCAACUUCUGAGAUUGCACAGAAGCUAAAGAGUCAUCGCUUAAAGUAACAUCUUUGGGAGGUCUGCGAUUAUAAGACAGGUUGAAGGAAUUGAAGGUCAGACAGAAUGUGGGAAAGAAGGGUACGUAGGAGUAAACGAGUCUAGUAAACGGAGGUGACAACUAACGAGGGUCUAGUGAAGGUGAUGGAAUGCAAACCUGGAAGUGAAAUAACAAGCGUUGACAGUUUGACUUUUCUUCCCAAACCUUGGCAAGAGACCACUGUUCCCUUACAUGUACUUUUCAUAUAAACACCAGCUACAAUAAUAGUCAACAAAAGUCAACAACAAUAAAAUAAGAACCAACAAAUCACUAAAAUACACUAUAUUACCAAAAGUAUUCACUCCAAUGUUCCAAUGGGUUCCAGCGUGGUACCGUGAUGCCACCUGUGCAACAAAUCCAGUCGACUGUCAGAGGUGUUAUAACAAACUGGAAGCGACUGGGAACGACGGCAACUCGUCGGCCACGUAAAAUGACAGGGUGGGGUCAGCGGAUGAGCAGAGUCGAUCGCUACAGACCUCCAAACUUCAUGUGGCCUUCAGAUGCAGCCACCGGACUCCAGACUGGACGCUUCUCCGAGUCUGGAUAUGGCGGUUGCCAGGAGAACGGUACUCGUCUGACUGUAUUGUGCCGAGUAUAAAGUGUAAAGUUUGGUGGAGGGGGGAUUAUGGUGUGGGGGUGUUCUUCAGGAGUUGGGCUCGGCCCCUUAGUUCCAGUGAAAGGAACUCUUAAUGCUUCAGCGUACCAAGAGAUUUUUGGGGACAGUUUGGGGAUGGCCCCUUCCUGCUCCAACAUGAUCCAUAAAGACUUGGAUGAGCGAGUCUGGUGUGGAAGAACUUGACUGACCUCGACCCGAUAGAAUUAGAGCGGAGACUGCGAGCCAGGGUUCUCGUCCAACAUUCUGGAGUAACAGAAUGGUCCUAAACCUUGUGGAAAGCCUUCCCAGAAGAGUGUGGGGGGGGGGCCCACCACAUCAUAUUAAACCCUAUGGAUUAAGAACGGGGCGUCACUCAAGUUCAUAUGCGAAUACUUUUGGCAGUAUAGUGUAUGUCCCUUGCGAGUGUAUGUAAACUUCUGACUGCUAUCCUGCAUACUAGCAUUACCACCAUUAGUCCUCAUAUUUGUGCAAUUUCUAUCCAACACGGAAUUAUAUUUCCAUUGUUGAAUUAUUAAUUAUUUAUUUAUUUAUUGUCGCAUUUCCCUGCAGUUUUCCCAAUAAAACGCAUCUGCUUUUGGAAUUGGACGUCAAACAAGCUCACGCUCAGGUGUCCCAAUAUUUCUGUCUAUAUAGUGUGUAUAUAUAUAUAUAUAUAUAUAUAUAUAUAUAUAUAUAUAUAUAUAUAUAUAUAUAUAUAACCUAUAUAUUAAAGAAGGAGCUGUUAUUACAUGUGUAUUAAUCAUAGCGGCACGUGAAGUGUGAAAGAGGCGUCACACUUCUGACACCACGUCAUUUUAAAAGCACCAACUAACUGUGAAGCACUGAAAUCUACUAACGUAAUAUUGUAUAUUAAACAGUAUAAAAAUACAUAACACAGUAACACGAUACUACAAUACUGCAGAAACAUUAUCACACUAUACUACUACACUGUAAUUUACUAAUUACGAUAAUGAAGUAUAAUGAAAAUGUGUAAUAUAAAUGUAUUAAUGAAU